AUGCGCCACCUACCGCUGCACCUAUCCCUCGUUGUCCUCGUCCACUCUGACACCGCGUGCGAGCGCUCGCCUGACGCCUGCGAGCCGGUGAUCCUCGUUCCCGGCGUGAUGGGCAGCCGCCUGCGGCAGCAUACGCGGGUCCCGGGCGCUCUGCAGACCUCGUCAUCACACCUCUGGCUGCCAGAGUCGCACAGGCUGCUCGCGCGCUCGGCGCUCUCCUCUCGGUCGGGCGUGCUCGGCGGCCUCUACCGCUCGUGGGUCAAGUCGCUCGACCCGCGAGGCGGCAGCCGCUGGUCGGUGGUGGAGCCGGACCGCGCCAACUGGGGCGUCAAGGGCGUCGCGUGCAUCCUCAAGGCGGGCCGAGAGUGCGUAUCGACGGCCAAGGUGUUUUGGGACAUGAUUGUCGCGCUGGAGAAGGCAGGCUACCGCGCCGGCAGCAACCUGUUUGGCGUGCCGUACGACUGGCGGCUCGCGCCGACGGAGAACAAGCUGUGCGCCGACCUGGCGACGGUGCUGCACCACGUGACCAACAACACGCGCCACCGCAAGGCGCUGCUCGCCGCCCACUCCCUCGGCAACCUCCAGCUCGUCCACUGCCUCAACCGCGUCUUCAGCGCAGAGACGCUCGCAAAGGUCAAGGCGCUCGUCGCCAUCGCGCCGCCGUUCGGAGGCUCGCCGCAGGUGGCGAGGGUCCUCUUCUCGGGCGCCGAGAUGGUCUCGCGCCUCAUCAUCUCUGACCUCGAGACAAGGGACUUUGCGCGACAGAUGCCGGCUGCGUACAUGCUCCUGCCGAGCGAGCGCGUCUUUGGCAACGACACCAUCCUCUCCCUCGGCACAGGCGACGCCUUACGCUUCAUCCUAGACACUUCGUGGACGCCUCCUGGACACUUCGCCUCCUCCCGACGCCUCGCCGCCGCCGCGAGUGCAGGCGACCCGGCGGCGCGGGAGGACUACCUCGGCACGGCAGCAGACAUGGGCGCGCUGCUGCGCAAGAUCGAGGCGCACGUCGGCCCGGAGGCGAGCGGGAUGGGGCAGGCGCACGCCGCCUCGCUGCGGGCGGACAUGUGGGAGGCGCCUCCUGUGCCGGUGGUGUGCGUCAUCGGCGCGGGCGUGCCGACGCACGUCUCGUUCGGCUACUGCGAGGGGUGGCCGCGGUCGAUGCGGGAGGAGAGCCAUGCGUGCUCCGAGCCGUGCGUGCUCCGCUUCGAGGACGGCGACACGACGGUGCCCGUCCGGUCGGCCCAGUCCGUCUGCGACCACUGGCAGCGGCAGAAGCGCUGCCUCUCCCCCCUCUCGACGGUCCACCCGCAGCGGUACCGCGCCGAGCCGUUCCGCUCCGAGUGCGUCGAGGCGGAGGGGGAGCCCCGCGGCGGAGACCACUGCACUGAGUACCACCAGCGGAUCCUGCACAAGCGGCCGACCAUCGACCUCGUACAGAGCCUCGCCUUCAACGCGAGCGAGGCGGGCACCGUGUCGCCUGGCCUCCAAGCGAGCGAGCUCUCCGACUUGGUCGCCUGGCUGCACAACUCGGCGGCUGUCGCGCUCGCGCCGGUGCCCGCCCUGCAGAGCGCGAUCGACGGCUGGAGGGCGUCGCUGCCUUCGGGCCUCUCUCCGCCGGAGGAGGAGGCCGACUUGCCGUCCUCGCUGCUCGCUGCGUGGGAGCAGCUCAAGGGCCGCGGCCUCUACGAGCAGGCCCCUCCGGGCUGUCACGCCAUCCGCGGCGCGAGCACGGUGAGCACGCACGCAGCGAUCGCCACCGGCGACGCCAAGGCCGACAUCGAGGGGACGGUGGCGGCGACUGGUUUGCCGGCCGAGCGGGUGGAGGCGGCGGUGGCUGCGGCGCGCGCCUCGUCGCAGGCGGCGCUCGGGGGCGGGAUGGCCACGCUGCGAGGCGGGCUAGGCCCUUUGCUGCGCAGCGCGGCCGACGCGCACGAGAGGCUGCGGCGCGUGGCGGCGCUUUGCGAGCAGAGCCGCGCCGAGAGCUGCAGAGGGGAGGCGGAGGGCGGGCAGCAGGAGGGGCGGGCGGAGGGGGAGGAGAGGCAGCUUGAGGAGAGGCAGCUUGAGGAGAGGCACCCUCUCUGCCACUGGGGCGACGCUGCGGGGCUCGGCCUGCCGGACGGCCCGUCGGCGUGGGAGGACAUCGAGCUGUGGAACUUGCGGCACGCGAGCGACUCGUCGGGGAGGGAGGAGCGCGAGAGGCGGCGAGCUUGGGCGUGCGGGCUGCGGCGGGCGCUCGACCCGCUCCGGCCGCCGCUCGAGCGGCUGAGGAAGCAGCUCGACUGGUCGGAGCUGCACUGGCGCGCGCUGCAGGAGCGGCUCGACCCGCUCGAGCCCCUUGCCGCCGCCGAGGAGGACGGGGCGGCGAGGGCGUCGGAGCAGCCCGCAAAGUUUGAGAGCGUGCUGUACUCGGGGCGAGAUGCGGACGAGUAUACGGACGAGAGGACAGGUUGGAGGUGGGGACCCUGUCCUUCUCCCACCCCUUGUUUGGUGCUGACUUUUGUUGCGGAGCGCGCGCUCCCGGCCCCCUCCAAGCAGAUGGCAUCCUUCACCCCAUCCCCCAAGCUCGACUUUGUGGAUGCGCCGUUCGGGAAGGCACCCGUCGACGACAACGUCGAGGCGAUGCUUUACGACCCAAAGGCAGACCCCCUGGCUGAGAUGUUUGACGCCUCUGACCCCGCGAUCACGCCCAACGCGCCUGGAGGGAUACUUGCGCGACUGCAGCAGCGGCUUGCGCAGUCCCUGCUCACGCAGGCCUUCAAGAGGUGGAACGACGUCCUCGACGAAAUGCACGUCCCAAAGUUCAACAUGACCGAGGGGCAGGACGCCUUCACGCUGCAAAUCCAGACAGAUACCCCGGAUGUGGACAUCACGGUCCAGGGCGACCUCGUGACGGUCAGCGGCUCCAAGACGUUCGAUGACGGCGAUGGGCUCUCGCACACGGACUCGUUCGUUGAAUCCGUCAGCUGUGUCCCUCGCCACGUCCUCGUGAAGAAUGCGACCUCGAGCUACGACGAGGAAACGGGCUGCGUCGUGAUCACCUUCCCGAAGGAGAAGACGCCCCAGACCGACAAGAUCCCGGCGCGGCGAGAUUAUCCGAGAUCCGAGCAAACAAGGCCUUUACUCAUCUCGCACGGGGUGUAA